AUUCGCCUAAAACACUCCUUUCGUUAUCUUCUGGCUUGGAAUACGUAAUGUAUAUCGUCUACGUUGCUAUUAUUGACAGAAGACGUUCAUCCGUUUAGCCGAAACCCGGAGUUUAUAAAUAGAAGAUGCGGUAUACGUUAAACAGCAUAAGAAUUUGUAGAUUGUUUCUUUGUAUAUCACUUACAAUGAUAGGCUCAGUCAGGAUAAAUAAAUUGGCAAAUAUUACUUCUUUGUCAACAAGGAAUUUGUUGGCUGGAAGGUCUAUAUUUGGACAAAUUCAGAUUCAUAAGGAUGGGAAAUUUGGAGUUUCUGAUGGAUAUUAUGCAUCUAUAAUCCCACAUUCCACAUUUAUAACACAUUCUUUGACCCCUAACAAUGAACCAUUCUAUGACGCAGAAUAUUCUCGCAGGACGUCAGUUAAUAACUACAAUAUGCAACGGGAUUACCCUAUGGAUAGCCCUCAAAUCUCUCAGAGGUAUCCUAGCUACAAAUCUGGUGGAUAUAACAGCCGUCCAAUGGGUAAUCGCUAUGGUUAUAAUUCUGGUUAUGGUGGUUAUUCUGAUUACAAUCGUAGUAGACCACCCAUUAGACCUUUUGGAAGAGGAAAUCAAGGCUUCCAACAACAGUUGGCUCCUGUACACUGGGAUAACGUAAAUCUUGUGGAAAUAAAGAAAGAUUUCUACGACCUAAGCUAUGAAGCUGAUAGCAGACCUGGGGAAGAAAUAGAAGCAAUUCUUAAAGAGCACAAUAUAAUUAUUGAGGGAGAGGUUCCAUUGCCUAAGCCAGUGAUUUCAUUCGAUGAAGCGGUUUUCAAUGACCCUAUACAAAGAUUAAUUAAAUUAGCCGGGUUCUCCGAACCAACCCCUAUCCAAAAGGUUGGUUGGACUUCUUGUCUUACAGGUAGAGAUGUCGUUGGAGUAUCCCAGACUGGAUCCGGAAAAACUCUAACAUUUUUGCUCCCCGGUAUACUUCAUUUGCUUGCCCAACCUCCUGUGGGCAACGGGGGUCCAAUUGUCCUAAUUUUAGCACCUACUAGAGAAUUAUGCCUGCAGAUAUCUAAUGAAGCCGCUCCGUAUUUAAGAGAACUAAACUUGAGAGGAACUGCUGCAUAUGGAGGUGUCCCAAAGUAUGCACAACAGCAUCAGUUAUCUAGAGGUGUUGAAAUAAUGGUUGCAACACCUGGAAGACUAAUUGAUUUGUUAUCCACUGGUUCAGUUCGACUGGAUCGUGUUAGUUAUCUAGUGUUAGAUGAAGCUGAUCGCAUGUUCGACAUGGGUUUUGAACCACAAAUCAGAAACAUAUUCUCUCAGGUCCGACCUGAUAGACAAAUUUUGUUGUUUAGUGCCACGUGGCCAAAAAGCAUACGCUUACUUGCUUCAGAGUUUUGUGGAUCAGAUCUCAUCUACAUUCAAGUUGGUGAUAUGGAGGUAACCGCAAACCCAAAGAUUAGACAACGCAUAUGUCCUAUGAAUAGCCAGGAUGUAAUGCGGUCUCUGGACUCUUUCCUUGAAACCGAUGGAGUCGGCAAGAAAAUACUUAUAUUCUCUGAUACAAAAAGAUUUGCCGAAUCUCUUGCUUAUGAACUUAAACAUAGGGGCUUUAAUGCCAACUCUUUGCAUGGAGACUUGACACAAGCUGGACGCGAAAGGGUUAUGGCUGCAUUUAGAAAGGAAGGGCCUUCAAUUUUGGUAGCCACGGAUAUAGCAUCCAGAGGUCUUGACGUCAAAGAUAUAGAUUUUGUUGUUAAUUUGGAUGUUCCUAAAACCUUUGAAGAUUAUAUUCACAGAAUCGGACGUACUGCACGUGGUAAUAAAACCGGUGAUUCAAUUCUUUACUUCCCUCUGGAUCUCAUGACUCCAACAAAAGUCAAGUUUGCUAAGGACUUGAUAGAAAUGCUAAAUAAACUUGGACAAACCGUACCACAAGAGAUCUUAUCUAUUGCUGAAAGAUAUUAAUUACUUUAUACAUU